CCCACUCCCAAGAACCACUUGCAAGUACUCGAGAUAUACGAAGAAAAGUGCGUUGCGUUGCGUUACGCCUUUUGUUGUUCAGUUGGUCCCUGCCUGCCGGAGUGAUCACAGCCCUUAGGUCCGCCGCUACGCUGCUCACCAACACUGCGAUACCCGAGGCGCCACGAUGCUGGGAGCGACAUUGAGGUUGUGUUUAGCAGUGGCGAUGGUCGUACUUGUGACUCUGUUGCAGGUCAGCCAGGGCGUCCCGGACGACGAACCUACAGAUUGGGUGGACAAGUGGAACAAUGAUAGUUUCACAAAUUACAUUAACGAACUCCUACAAAAUUACCUGAGCAACAUUAGCGACCCGUUGGUCAUUGAGAAGCCCUUGGAACUGAGACUCAACGUUCCGUACAUGGCUGAUAUUGAGCUGACGAUGAGCAACACCGAGCUAUGGGGCUUGCAGAGUCUCUUCGCCCACAACUGUACCUUAGGACUGGGCUACAGUACGGGUGCCCUGCUGAACGAGACCAUAGUUUUGAACCUCAAGACGCCCCAACUCACAAUCAAGACCCCCGCUUACGUCAUGAACGGCACCGUCGUCGACCACAUCAACCUGGCUGGCGCAGGACCCGCGUCAAUCAUCAUUGAUGAAUUGUCUGUCGGCAUGACGGAAAAUGGGACCAUCAGCCUAUCGAAACUCAAUUUCUCAGAUAAUGCAACCCUUGAUCUGGAGAUGAAACGCUGGACGGUGAACUUCGAGAACCUGAUGCCCGGGACGGAUCUGGGCACGCUGUUCAACGAGUUCUUCAGCGCCCACGGCCAGGAGCUCCUUGAUAUGUUCGAAAUCAAGUUCAGCGAGAGUGGCAAAUUCGUCAAAUUGUUCAACAUAAUUAUGGAAGAAGUAAUCAUGAACAUCAUUGAUCACAUAACAACUCGUCCUCCCACUACCUCCACCGUCACCACCGAUGUGUCUGAAGGUUUUACCACACCCUAAGUGCCUAGUGACAGCAAAGCCAAGGAAAGACUGCUUCCUCCCGCGAUUGAUUGAUUGAUUGAUGAAGAUUAAGCCAUCACAAGAGGUGGCACGGGCAUGAGUAGCCCGUGGGUAUAGUAGAUGUUUGGAGUGAAUGUGGUCUUUGGUCGUGUGACAUUUUGAAGUGUCUCUGGGCUUGUCCCCCAACGGUUUAAUACAAGUAAACGUAAGUUAAGAGGAUGGUGCUAGAGGUGUCGAGCCUUGUAACUCAAACACAGAUAGUUUGCCUUGCAUUUAGAACACUGACGCGCUGUGUGAUCAAUGCAAUAGUGUCUUACACACAGAGAUCACACUAACGUGAUGCAUCAAAUGAAAAAGUCCACAAGGGCCGAUCCUCGUCACGGCCCUUGUGGACUUGUUCAUAGUGUCUUAAAUGCAAUCGUUGCUUCACUUAGCACAAAGUUUAUCAGACCACACUAGAAGGUGAAGGGACGACGACGUUUCGGUCAGUCCUGGACCAUUCUCAAGUCGAUUGUGAUGAGGAAGUAGAGACAGGCAGUAAAUAGGUAAGAGAGGGGAUGAGGAGCAAAGCCGAAACGUCGUCGUCCCUUCACCUUCUAGUGUGGUCUGGUCAACUUACUUUAGCCACGUUAUUGUGACUCAUCGCCUGCACAAAGUUUAUCAUUAAACAUUCAACCCGCACCAAUCAGAAGAAAAUAAAAAUUAUGUUUUAACUUCAUUGGGCUCCAGAAUGGACCGAAGCGUCUUUACUUAAUUGUUAUCAUGUGUCCGUGUUGGGUGUACUUCUCAACCACGUUAUUGUAAAUUACUUUAUAUUUCCAUUAUCAGUUUGGAAUAUAGUCCGGCUUACCUGUAUUCAACAAAUCGAUAACCCUAAAUAAAUUGAAAUUACUUUUCAAA